AGUGAUGACGUCUCCUCAUUGGGCGGAAGAUUGGCUGGCAGUCGUCGGUCCUCCAGCUGGUGGGAGUUAGCGUCGCAGCACUGGGUGCCGGGACCCUACUUCCUACUGUUGGAGAAGCUGGGUUGUGAAGUAGUGCCUGCUGUCUGCUCCAAGCUUUCCUGGUCUUCCUCGCAAGGCGUGGGGACUCGCUAAGGACUCCCCGGCCCUUUAGGGCCACGGCCUUAGCAGUGUCUUUUGGGUUCCUCAUAAACACAUCUUAAAACCUUCAAGAUGGUUUUAGCAGAUCUUGGAAGAAAAAUAACAUCAGCAUUACGCUCACUGAGCAAUGCCACCAUUAUCAAUGAAGAGGUAUUAAAUGCUAUGCUAAAAGAAGUAUGUACAGCAUUAUUGGAAGCGGAUGUUAAUAUUAAACUAGUGAAGCAACUAAGAGAAAAUGUUAAAUCUGCUAUUGAUCUUGAAGAGAUGGCAUCUGGUCUAAACAAGAGAAAAAUGAUUCAGCAUGCUGUGUUUAAAGAACUUGUGAAGCUUGUAGAUCCUGGAGUUAAAGCAUGGACACCCACUAAAGGAAAACAGAAUGUGAUAAUGUUUGUGGGAUUGCAGGGUAGUGGGAAAACGACGACAUGUUCAAAGUUAGCAUAUUAUUACCAGAGGAAAGGUUGGAAGACCUGUUUGAUAUGUGCAGACACAUUCAGAGCAGGGGCUUUUGACCAACUAAAACAGAAUGCUACCAAAGCAAGAAUUCCAUUCUAUGGAAGCUAUACAGAGAUGGAUCCUGUUAUCAUUGCUUCUGAAGGAGUGGAGAAAUUCAAAAAUGAAAAUUUUGAAAUUAUUAUUGUUGAUACAAGUGGCCGCCACAAACAAGAAGACUCUUUGUUUGAAGAAAUGCUUCAAGUUGCUAAUGCUAUACAACCUGAUAACAUUGUUUAUGUGAUGGAUGCCUCCAUCGGGCAGGCUUGUGAAGCCCAAGCUAAGGCUUUUAAAGAUAAAGUAGAUGUAGCCUCUGUAAUAGUGACAAAACUUGAUGGUCAUGCAAAAGGAGGUGGCGCACUCAGUGCAGUUGCUGCCACAAAAAGUCCUAUUAUUUUCAUUGGUACAGGAGAACAUAUAGAUGACUUCGAACCUUUCAAAACACAGCCAUUCAUCAGCAAACUUCUUGGUAUGGGUGACAUUGAGGGACUGAUCGAUAAAGUCAACGAGUUGAAGUUGGAUGACAAUGAAGCUCUUAUAGAGAAGUUGAAACAUGGUCAAUUUACAUUGAGAGACAUGUAUGAACAAUUUCAAAAUAUCAUGAAAAUGGGCCCCUUCAGUCAGAUCUUGGGAAUGAUCCCUGGCUUUGGAACAGAUUUUAUGAGCAAAGGAAAUGAACAGGAGUCAAUGGCAAGACUAAAGAAAUUAAUGACCAUAAUGGAUAGUAUGAAUGACCAAGAGCUGGACAGUACAGAUGGUGCCAAGGUUUUUAGUAAGCAACCAGGAAGAAUCCAAAGAGUAGCCCGAGGAUCAGGUGUGUCAACAAGAGAUGUUCAAGAACUUUUGACGCAAUAUACCAAGUUUGCACAGAUGGUAAAAAAGAUGGGAGGUAUCAAAGGACUUUUCAAAGGUGGUGACAUGUCUAAGAAUGUGAGCCAGUCACAGAUGGCAAAAUUGAAUCAACAGAUGGCCAAAAUGAUGGAUCCAAGAGUUCUUCAUCACAUGGUGUGUGACUUUCUUGGAGAGAAGAUUGCAUCUGUUUUGGGCAUCAGCACCCCAAAAUACCAAUAUGCCAUUGAUGAGUACUACCGGAUGAAGAAGGAGGAAGAAGAAGAAGAAGAAGAAAACAGGAUGUCUGAGGAAGCAGAAAGACAAUUCCAUCAGAGUAAGACACAGGCUAAUUCCUCUGUGCAGACAGAUCAACCAGAAACAGUGGUAUCCACUUCGUUUGUGAAUCUUAAUUUUGAAAUGGAGGAAGACUGUGAAGUAAUUACAGAAGGCAAACAAAACCCAGGCUCUGUUCCGCCAUAGAAUCAAAUGACUAUCAAACUUCAAAUGCUAAAUUUUUUUUUGUACCAGGAACUUUCACAUUCUCUAUUCAGUGGAACUUAAAACAGUUAUUUAUAUUUUAAAUUAUUAACUUAUCUGGAAAGGAAAAAAAUGUUUCUUCAUUCUUAUAUUCAUUCUAUAUUUAGUAAAAGUCAAAUCUGAAGUUUGGAUAUUUCUACUCUGUGUUGAAUUAGUGCUUUAGCUUUUCCUUUUUGGAGGGGGCGGUAGUGCUGGGGAUCAACCCAGGGCAUGUUAGCAGGCACUUUACCCGAGCUACACCCUCAGCCCAAUGUUUUAGUUUUAAAAUGAUCCUUAAAAAAUUAAGGCCUUAAUAAAUUAAGAGGAGGCCAGGGGUUUAGCUCAGUGGCACUGUGCCUGCCUCGCAAGUGCAAGGUCCUGAGUUUGAUCCCUGGUACCCAAAAAAAAAAGUUAAAUUAGCAAACUCGUCUGUUAUUUAUGCAUUUGUAAAGAGAAAAUAUAAAUUGUUGACUAAAGCUAACUGGAGCCAGUAAUCCUAUAAUUUCAGAUUAAAAUGAUUCCCCCCCCACAUUUUCUCAUGUUAUGCCUUACAUUUUUAAGCUUUACAUUUAAUAUAUUCCACUAAGGAUGGCUCAGAGUGUAUAAUAAUGAGCAUAAUGGAAGCACUUUUUGAGUUCAUUGAGAAUAACUAUUUUAUGGAGAAGUGUUUAUUACACCAAUAUUAAUAACAUGGGUUUGCAUUUUUUUAAUGCAAGUCACUUAAUGUUGUAUUUUUCAGUAGUAACUAAAAUUAAGCUUUGAUCAUAAAGUUAACACUAGCUAUGGAAUAAAUUAAUGUAACACCUGAGUGAUAGAAGCAAGAUGCCGAGUGGAUAAUCACUCAUUCAGCCCUGAAUGCCUCACACAGUUGGGGGUGAGGAGUUGGGAGACAGGUACAGAUUUAACUAUCAAGAGCUGUUAAAUAUUGUACAAGGAAUAAUAGUAACAUAAUAAAAUUAGUUGCUUGUCAUUCACCAUAUUGAAGUAGCAACAGUAAGAAGGGCAGUUUACUUAAACCAGGCUGGCCAUUUCUCCACCUACUCAGUUAUUUGUAAACUUUACAAAUUUAUAUACUAUAAAGCUGAUUUUGAAAAUAUUCCUAAAUAGAUGCAUAUAACCUUGAGAUCUUUACAAAUGUGGAUAAAAACACUUAGUUGGAAUACUCUAGAAAUGCUGUUCUUAAAAAAGCCUUUUUGUAGAACCUGGGGAUGUAGCUCAGUGGUAGAGCACUUGUCUAGCAUGUACACAGCCCUGGGUUCAAC